AUGCGCACCAUGCUGCGCGAGGUGGAGGGUAUUGAUUGGGGCGACGCGGCGGUUAUGAAUUGCAAGUUCACAGGCCCUCGUAUCCGUGAUGUCCUGCUCCGUGCUGGCCUGGCAGAUGAUAUCAUGGACUCUGCUCGUGAGCUACAUGUUGCUUUUGCUUCUUACCAAGUCCAAUGCCAGGAAGAUCACUGGUUCGGGUCCAGUGUGACGCUGGAGAGAUGUAUGCGAGAAGAUGGAGAUGCAAUUCUUGCUUUGAAAAUCAACGACCGGCCUCUCACUGCCAAUCAUGGCCAUCCCGUCCGCGUGGUGCUUCCUGGCAUUGUUGGUGCGCGCUGGGUCAAAUGGCUAGAUCGCAUCACCGUCCAAGAUACCGAGUCCCCUAACUUCUACCAGCAGCGCGACUAUAAGAUCCUUCCACCUGAUGUGACCGAUCAUUCAUCUGCUGAAAAGCAGUUUGAGAAUAUCCCGCCAAUGUAUGAUACACCAAUCAAUUCCGUUGUUGCCGUCCCUGCCGACGGAGAGACUGUUUCGCUGUCACCAUCUGGAUUGGUGGAAACCAAAGGCUAUGCCGUUCCCCAGGGAGCAGAUGGACCUCUCAUUCGUGUGGAGGUAUCGGGAGACGGUGGUACGACAUGGAUCGAUGCCGAGCUCAGUGGCGGAAGUGAUGAAAUGAAAUGGUGCUGGGUGUUGUGGAAGGCCCAAUUAAAGAUGGCAGUCGGAAAUGGAAGGGAAAUAUUGAGUCGUGCAACAGAUGCUGGUGGGAACACACAGCAGGAACAUUCACAAUGGAAUCUGCGGGGCGUGGGAUAUAGUGGAUAUGGUCGAGCAGAAGACCUGACAGUAGUGGAAACAACGCACAAGGCAGACUGA